UUGUCUUGACAAGCUGGGGCAGCAAAAAGGCAACGGUUUCCGCAUGAAUCGUGUCGUACCGGGCAAUAACGGGAUAUGAAAGGAGCGCUCCCUCCUGUCCCUGAAGGGUCGCGAUCGGUUGGCCAGUGUAGUAUUGCAACAACAGCGGCAGCUGGUGACGGUUUGGCGUCGUUCAUCUGUAUUUUAUAUCUUUGUAAAAGGUCACACUCUGUUGUGUGCAAUGACCACCCCGCAAAGAUAUAUUGAAUCCAAACCGUCAGUUGGGUUCACUGACACGGAGUGGCAGACACCAGCUGUGUCCGAGAAGUUCAAGAGCUGGAUUGGCCGCAGGCCUGGAACAACAAACAGUGGGGACACUGGUCUCGGCACCUCAGCAUCUGAUGGCACAGAAGAUUUCUGCAGUUCCAGUAGCAGCCCCUCUUUCCAGCCUAUCCGCAGUCAGAUCCCCAUUCCUACUGCACAUGUCAUGCCUUCCACGGCCAGUAAACUGGCCUCCAAGACUCAGCCACGUACCCAGGAGGAGUCUCAAGCCUCUGCGGAGGUUCACAGGCCUUCUUCUGGCUCCAGAACAUCCAGUGGCUCCAGCUCAAAGUCUAUUUCACUUUCCAAAUCAGCAUCAUCACCCAACCUGGAUGCCCAGGCUGGCGUUGGAGUGGAUCUUGCGGAGCCCAAGCCAGACUGCUUGAGCCGUUAUCGCAGCCUUGUCAACGGACUGGACCAUUCACUUUUCCCCACUGGGGACCAUACACACAUGGACGACGGCCAGAGGUUUGACACUCCUGCUGUGGAACCUACAUUAAAUCAGUCAGCUCUGCUGGGGGGUAUGUGCCCCGAUGUCAGACUCAGACUACAGACUACUGGGCUCGGGGACACCUUGGACUGUGUGUCUGAGGCCUAUAGAGGGGGAUUGGAUCACUCCUAUAAGGUGCUUCCUGAGGCCAGAUCUGGGGUUCCCGGGGCACCUGACCCCGGCACCCAGAGAGGAAACCAGACUAGUGGUGGUAGUUCAGCGAGCAUUUAUCCAAGCUCUCUGGGCCUGCAGACGCAGGUUUUGCUGAGGGAGCAUAUUGGGGCCAAGGUGUAUGAGCCCUUGCUGCAGGACAGGUGUACUGAACUGCCUAGCUGGCAGCAGCAACAGCAACAUAAGCAGCAACUGGAGAGUUUAAGGGUACAACUGGAGCAAAUGCAGUUGAUGAGUGCUGGAGUGGGUCAGUACCCAUCUUUAUACUCAGGCCCGCUUCAUUCUGAGACCAGCAGGUGGGAUGCUCUUGUGAAAGCCAAUGAGAAUCUGCUGAAGGAGAAGGAGCUUGUAAUAGAGAGGCAGAAGCAACAUAUGGCACAGCUUGAGCAGCAUCUGAGGGAAAGUGAGCUGCAAGUGCAUGGGGCUCUGCUGGGCCGCGGGGCACCGUUUGGAGACAUGUGCAUGCUCCGACUGCAGGAGGCUCAGAGGGAGAAUGUGUUCCUGAGGGCUCAGUUCGCUGAGCGCACCGAUUGCGCUGUCCAGGAGAAGGCUGAGGCAGAGCGCAGGUUGGGGGUGGUGGAGGCUGAGACACGUUGUUUGGCUGACAAGCUGAAGGAGAGCACCGAGAAGCAUACAGAGGAGAUGAAGAAACAAGAAGAAAGGAUCCGCAGUCGAGACAAACAUAUCAACAAUCUGAAGAAGAAGUGUCAGAAAGAGGCAGAGCAGAACAGAGAGAGGCAGCAGCGAAUCGAGACCCUGGAGCGCUACCUAGCCGACCUACCCACCAUGGAGGAUUACCAGAACCAGAACAAAGAGCUUUUAGAGUCUGAACAGCGGGCUGCCCAGCUACAAGGCAGGGUCCGAGAAUUGGAGGUCUGUCUGGAGGAGGCACAUUCGCACACCCGGGAAAAAGAUGCACAGCUAGAGGAACAGAGACGCAGGGAGAGAGAACUGCUCACCACCGUUACCAAUUUGCAGGAACGUGUACAAGAAGGCCUUGAGGAUGGAGCCAGACUCCCCUCUUUGGACAUUGAGAAGCUUAAAGGAGAGAAUAACACCCUAAGAGAAGAGCAGCAGAGACUGAAAAAGGUCAUUGAGAAGCAGCACAGGAUGAUGGAACAGCUAGGCUCUCAGAUUCGGACUUUGGAGGAACAGAUUUCUCAGGAGGAAAGCAGCUCUCAAGCCCUCAGAGAGGAAGUUCUUGCCAAAGAACAGAGCUUGUUACAGCUCCGCACGGCCAUGAAGGAGCUUUCAGUCCAGAACCAGGAGCUGAUGGAGCAAAAUCUAACCCUGCAGGAGCAUAUGGAAGAUCCAAAGUGGAAGUAUGCUAACCAGGCCUCCUCCACCCUGCAACCAGCAGGGGCUCGCCUCACACAGAGACUACAUGGAGAGAUGUUCUCCUGCCUGUGUGAACUGCGCUCUCUGUGCAACGUGCUGACUCAGCGGGCCCAGGGACAAGACCCCAAUCUCUCCCUGCUGCUCGGCAUCACAUCGUCCGCUGCGAUGGGGCAGGAAGUGGAGGACUGGAUGAGUCCGGAGGUGCUGCAGAAGAAGUUGACUGAAGCCCAGCAGUUGCGUCGAGAUGUUGAGGAGCUUCGCACCAUAGUCUCGGAUCGUUACGCGCAGGACAUGGGUGAGAACUGCAUUACCCAGUAGCCUAUCACUCAGGUAAUGAGUGAUAACGGACCUUGAAUAUUUGACACUGGAACUGAAAUUAACUUGUUGCUCAGAAUGUUUAUCACGGAACGUUCAUCCGUCUCAGUCCAAGGGCUAUCACUAAAAGAACUGAACUGUCAUACUUGACUCUCUUAAAGUCUUUCUUUUGUGUGUGUGUUUUUCAGUGGACUGUUAGGUUAUGACACAUCUUUUUUGUUGCCGAAAACACUUCCACUUUCUAAAUUAGUUUGGAUGGGUCUUUGUCGAACUAUUCCCGUAAAUAUAAUUUAUUUAAAUCUCGCAUUUUCUUACUUUCCCUCUUAAGGGAAAUAAUCCAGGAUGUGGUUGACAAUCAACCGAAAAUACUUUUAAUGUGUUUUUUAUUUGAAUGUAUUUCUGUUGUGAAAGAGAAUCUGGUCAGGACGGUUGCACAGUGCUAUGAAUGUUUGUGGACGCUCCUCAGCUAGAGGCCUUGUAUUGAAUGUCUGCCAACAUGUGCCUUUAAUGUGAUGUUUGCAGCCAUAAUGCUAAUUCAGUUAGACCAACCAGAAAGUGCUACUUCAAACUGACUCUUUGGAUAUAAUUGACUUUUUUUUUAUGGUGUUUCAACCAACGGUAUAAUCAAUACAUUCCUUGACUCUGAUUGUAACCAGUUUUGGGCAGUGUCAUUACUGCUUUUAUUAGCAACUCAUUGCUGCUUUUAUUAGCACAUUGAAAUUACCGAUUGAUACUUUUUCCAUGGAAAUUCAUUCUAUCAAGUGCUCUGGGUAGAUCCCAGCCUAUCUAGGUGAAUAAGCCAAUUGUAUAUGAAAACCUUUCAAGCUGGUAAUGACUGACAUGCUAUAACGGUUCACUGUCUGACACCCAUAACUGAAAAGUUGUUUUUUUUUGCUUAUGUUCAUAAGACAGCAUGAACGUGUUCUGAGUCCCUUUUAUUCUUUGCUGUAAUGUCUGGCUACAAAACACGACACUAACAAGUUGCAGAUUUGACUUCCAGCUGAAAGAAAGUUACUCCAUGAAGUCUGCUACCAUAUGCCUUAAUGUUUCAAGUCUUUCGUGAAAGGAGGAAGAGUUUUCCAUAUAUUUUUGUCCAUGACUGAAUUUGCAUAUAUUAGAAAUAAAGAUUUUCC